CCGCCUGCUUGCAUCUUUCGUCCGCCACUGUGCUCGUCCUGAGUGGGUGUAGACCUCGCUGGGGCCUCAUGACAACAGACGUCUGAGUCGUCCACCGCGCUCACAUCCGCAUGGCCACGGAUUUUUGGGCCAGUUCUCACUACAAGCGGUGGCUGGUCGAUAGAGCGACGCUCAGGCAGGCUCGCGUCGAAGACUUGCAGUAUGUGGACGAUCCGGAACAUCUCGAUUUUCUGGCUAUUUUCGUUGCCAACUUGAUCUCCAAGCUUGGCAAAAAGCUGCAGCUCAGACAGCGGGUAAUAGCGACUGCGACCGUCUUCUUCCGGCGGUUCUACGCCAAGAACUCGUACUGCGAGACCGACCCAUUCCUUGUCAUCGCGGCCUGCUGCUAUGUCGCUGCGAAGGCGGAAGAGUCACCUGUACACAUCAAGAACGUCGUCUCAGAAGCGCGAAUGCUCUUCAGCAAGUAUGGCGUAAAGUCGUUCCCUUCAGAUAACUCGAAACUGGCCGAGAUGGAGUUCUAUCUGGUGGACGACCUCGAAUGUGACUUGACGGUCUUCCACCCUUAUCGCACUCUGAUCACACUCUGUGGCAAGGAGGGGAGCUCUCACAUGACCGAAGCAGAGGCAGGCGAAGUCGGUGCAGGCAUCGACGACGGGCCAAAGUACUGGGGCACCGGCGAAGGUAAGCUGGAAUUGCAGGAAGGCGCAUUGCAGAUGGCAUGGUUCAUCAUCAACGAUACCUACCGCUCCGAGUUGUGCCUGCUCUAUCCUCCCCACCUCAUUGCAAUCGCCGCUAUCCACCUUGCGCUCGUUCUACAUUCAUCGACACGGACCACAUUGCAAAUGCAAGCCGCAUCACACGCCGGCGCUAACUUCCAUGCCGGCUCCCACACCCAGUCCUUAACCGCUACUCCACCCCGACGCUCCUCGCGUUCGGCAUCCGGCAACCACAAGAAGCAGCCGCAGGAUAUCGUCGGCUUCAUGGCGGGCCUGAAUGUCAGCAUGCCACUCGUAGCGACGAUCGCGCAGGAGAUCAUCUCCCUGUAUGCGCUCUGGGAUAGGUAUAGGGAAGAUCACACCGCGGACUCGGCGCGCGGCUCAUUCGCGCCGACGUCGUUCGCUGGGAGUAAGCGCGCUGCGAGCGGCACGGUCAGAAGCGGUAGCGUUGCCAGCGUGGGCACGACCAGCAGCAGCGCGACGCCGUCUGCUACGGACAACAGGGAUGAACAGGCCCUGCGUGCCGAUCAGACUGUGACGCCGAUGUUUUUGACGCAUUUACUGCUUCGCAUGCGCGAAGCACGAUUUGCAGAUAUGGCACAUCCUCCGAGCGGGCAUCCUAUUGCAGUGAAUAAAAUGCUUGAGAGAACGCAGGCCGCAGGGUGAUCAUGAUAUAUGCUUCGGGAUGUAUCUAGGUUUUGUGUUGGCGUCAAGGCUUCACAUGUAUCGAUAUACGGGAUCAAAUUCAUCGAAUGUUAUACACCGGUGUUUGAGCGCGUUUAACGGAUUUAUUUAUAAACUUCUCCAUCGAUAUGGUCUCACAUUCACUCGC